AUUACUUCGCGACUAACACGAUGGAGGACUGUAGCGCAAAUACAGUUUCUCUCAGAGAAUUUGGUUGCGAGCAAAAUUUACUUUCUCGUCCUGACGGUUCGGCGUCUUUCGUACAAGGGGACACUAGUGUGCUGGCGGCAGUGUAUGGACCAGCUGAAGUCAAAGUCAGCAAGGAGAUUUAUGACCGGGCGACGCUGGAGGUGAUUAUACAAUCCAAAGUUGGACUUCCAAGUGUAAAGGAGCGAGCACAAGAACAGUGCGUACGGGAAAGCUGCGAAGCAGCUCUGUUGCUGUCCCUUCACCCUCGCUCGUCCCUCACGCUCGUCUUACAGGAGCUCCAUAAUGACGGCUCUCUGUUGUCCUGCUACCUGAACGCCGCCUGCAUGGCGAUGAUGGAUGCCAGCUUGCCCAUGAGCUGCCUGUUUUGCGGGGUUACCUGCGCCAUCCAAGCUGACGGCAAAAUCGUCACUGACCCGACUGCUGCUCAGGAAGCGGAGAGUCGAGCGCUGAUGACCUUCGCCAUUGACAGUAAAGAGCGUCAAGUGAUGAUGACCUCAACUAAAGGGUCGUUUUCAAUGCAAGAGAUGCAGCAGUGCAUCGCUGUCAGUCAAACAACGUCCGAGAAGAUCUUCAGCUUCCACAGAGAGUCUCUCAGGCGGCGCUACUCCAAAAGCGUCUGAUCUUUUUUUUGUGUUUUUUUAACUCAACGCACAAAGACCAAUUUUUCUAAUAAAAUAUUAAUCAGCCACUUUGGACCUCCUCUGCUUCAGUUCACUUCCAGGCCAUUUAUGUUCCAAGUUUGUUUGUGUAGUGUGCGUUGUGCUUUAUUAGGAUAAAAGGGAUGCAAUGGUGCAAGUAAGAUGAAAGAGGUCAACUCAAGAGGUAGGGUUCUUCAUCUAAAACAUAAAAAGAAGCCGACUCCGUCUUUCAAAGCAGUGCAUUUUUUAUUGAUUUGGAUUCACUGAUUUUUCCUUCCACUUUAUGUACAAUAAACAGAAGAACUUGAGACCGGAGAAGUCCACGUGACAGAGAAACGACUCGAAAAAACGGCGGAGGAGCAUAGUGGGAAGGUUGGCACUUCACUCACAGUUUUUGUAUUGUGUUUGCUAUUCAUCAGUGCACUCUAUUAUUUGAAAAAAGAAAAAAAACUACACCUACUUAGAAAAUGUGGACUUUUCCCUUAAAAUAGUCACUGGCUUACGUUAAUGGCACGCUGAAGCUCAAGCCAAGUCAGGUGAGGGAUUCAUGCUGGACACCUUUUCGUCUUUAGAAUUGCCAAAGGAAUUCUCAUUGUACAUCAUGUAGCAAAACUCCCCCAUGCAGUCUCUUUUGGCACUUUUUACGACAGCGUCCUCUCGUUUCAUUUAAAAAAUCUUCAAAUUCAAUCCAAAAAUGUCCUGAAUUGAAGGGUGAUGAUACCUUUUAACCUGAGCACUCGAGUUAGCAUCUGGUGAGAAAGUGACGUGUGAUACUUUAUUGUACACUUAACUCUUCGGCUGCCGUUAACAGCAAUAGAUGUCCGAUCCAUUAGGACUGGGAGAGGAUGGCAGCGAACGACCGAGUCAAAAGGGUUUCGACAUCUAUCGUCGUCAGUGGCAGCCAUUGUGUUAGCCAUUUUUAUCUUAUUUCUUUGUGUUGAUUUGACUCG